GUUUUAGAUAAAAUAGUCUAUGUUUUUAAACCCUACUUAUAGACAUAAAAUUAAGAAUGUUAUUAAAAUAUGACAAUGUUAAAAUCUCUCCAUGUGUGCUCGCAUGUGUUUCCUCCCCAAAGGAUCUGCAAAAUGUAUUUUCAGCUGAAACAUUACCAGAAACAGAAGAUAAAAGCAGACUUAGUACCAAUACUAGAAAAACACCAAAAGCUGAAGAAGUCGUAGCAAGUGAUCGUUUCUCUGAACUCACUGUGCGUGCUCAGCUUGGUGCAAAAUCAGAAAAGUUGCUGAAGAAAGGAAAGAGCAUAUCUGAUACAUUGCUAGUCAGCAUCAUGGUAAAUGCUAUUAAUCAGAUACCUAUAUAUAAAGGCUGGGUCCUGGAUGGCUUUCCAAUGACAUUAAACCAAGCGAAGCUUCUGGAGGAAGCACUCACAGGCUGCAACAGAAACCUCAUAGAACUGGAGGGAAAGAAAUCACAAAUAUCCACAUUGGCUGUUGACCAUACAACUUCCAGAGAAGUGCCUCUUCCCGCUUCUGCAUUGGAUUUUGUCAUGUUAUUAGAUAUUUCAGAUAAUUCCUCACUGAAUCGCAUGAAUGACAUCAUGGCUGAAGCAUUUUCAAGUGAAACUCCUCAUGAAGACAUAAAUCAACGUGUAGCUGCUAAAAACCAAGAUGUGGAUGAAGACCAGAAUUUAAGAGAUCAAAUACAGCAUAGAAUUGUAGGCUUCUUGGACAACUGGCCUUUAUUGGAGCAAUGGUUUACAGAGCCAGAAAACAUUUUGAUAAAAAUUAAUGCUGACAUAGAUAAGCAGUCUUUGUGCCAAAAAGUAAAGGAAACGUUUAUGACUGAAAUAAUGAAAAAAGAGAAUAAAGUGAAAAAGAAAUUAAAAGAAAAGGAAGCUGAGGAAAAAGAAGAAGUUUCCCCAACUGAGGCUACAUCACCUCUCCCCCCUCCUCCUGAACCAGAAAAAGAGAAGGAAGUCCACGGUCAGCGUGAGCGUUCCAAAACUCCUGCUGCAAAAGGAAAACCAGCGUCAGGUGAUUGACAGAACGAUUUCUAAUCCUGUUUGCCAGUUUCUCAUUUUCAUUUUAGAAAAGAAUUAUAAAUUAUAGUACCAGUCCAUUUAUCUAGAUUCAGGCUUUGAACAACUUCAGUCAUAUGAAAGCAAGCUGUCUGCUCUGAUGAAGAGGAAAAGCAGUAGUCACUGAGAGCACGGCGGUCACAAAGCGGAGGUACUUUACUGUGUGGGAAGGAAUGUGGAGUCCUCACACCCAGAUCUACUGAUUAGAAUAAGACCACAGAUGAGAGGAGGGAAGGCGCAGAGAAUACCAGAAGGAGCUUAGAGCAGAUCAAGAGGACAGACGUCUAUUUGCAGAGUGAUAGAGUUGUGUUUAUGUAAAAAGCAAGACCAUCUUCAGAAAAUGAGAGUUAGCACAAACUGUUGUCCACAGGAAUAAGGAAACAUACCAACAGCAUUCUUUAGAUACUAAAAUUUAUACGUAACUGUCACUCUUCAGUGCUAUGUGAUUAUAAAAGGGUAGAAACAAGCACCUGACAUCUCAGUAAACUUGUAUAUUUAUAAUAUAUAACAUACAUGAAUAGAGUUUGUAUAGAGAAUAUUUUUUAGCUUAAACCUCUAAGGACCAUUAAGUUACGUGGUAGACAAUAUAAUGACAAAAGUAAAAUCCUCAAUUGUUGAAAUGUGUGAUAUUGGGAGAAUGCCAGGAUCAGUUUGGUGCUGUGUGUAUGAAGCAAAUGUGGCUCUAGUAGCUGGUUUUAGCUUUGUAAGUAGCUGGCUGUGCAGUUACACAAGUCUACCUAGGUAUUCUUGAUAUUGUGUCAUGAUUGCAUUUCUAAACUCCAUAAUAUUUCUACUUCAUGGAGAUUUGAGAUGGGUCUGAUUUUUAAAAUUGAUUUAUUUAUAUUAAACAAAUUCAUUUGAAAACUUUAAUAACAUAUAUUAUGGUCUAUUAAAGACCAUUGUACUUCAAUAAAAUGGGGCUUAACUAAAGGCAAAAUACACAAAUUCUAAAAAAAAUAUUUUAUCACAUGAAACAAUAAAGCACAAAGCAAUUAAUUAACCAUACAUACUUUGCCCAUUAGAAAAACAAAGCAGUGGUCUGAAGGACAAAUGGAAACCUUAAAAAUGCUGUUUAGCAGGGAAGACAGUUUCCACAGAGGCUCAAGGGAGCCUGGAGUUACCCAUCUAGGCCUUUAACCUAUGGCCGUGGCCUCCCCUCCCUUUCCUCCCCUCGGCCUCACAGUCAGGAGUAUCUGUGGAUUGGAGCUAUUCCCUGAAACCCAUUUUUAGCAUUUCUGGUUACAACACGGUUCAGUCUUUAAAUUUCUUAAGUUUGCUCGUGACAUUAAAUAAAAUUGUAUACUUGAAUACAGUGCAUUGGAUGAAUAAUAAAGCUAUUGUUGC